AUGUCGCAACCGCGGAUACUGAUGUCGGCCCAGAGGAGCUGCGCAAGCGUUCUGGGCUCGGCUGCUCUUCGUGGGCUCAUUAUCAGACAAUACGCUACUGCUACCAGAAAGUCUGCUGCGAAGGCUGCUUCUGAGAAGUCGGCAUCCACGGCUAGCGAAUUCGCAGCACCUGGAGCCGCCCCAACCAAAAGCAAUGACUCCGUCAUCAUGCGCACCUAUAAGCCCCGAACUCCUGGUGUCCGCCAUCUCAAGCGCCCCAUCAACGACCACCUGUGGAAGGGCCGCCCCUUUCUGCCAUUGACCUUCCCCAAGAAGGGUCACGGCAAGGGUGGCCGUAACUCCUCUGGAAAGAUUACCGUCAGACAUCGCGGAGGAGGUGCCAAGAGGAGAAUACGAACCGUCGAUUUUGAUCGCUGGCAGCCCGGCCCGCAUCUGGUCGAUCGCAUUGAGUACGACCCGGGUCGCAGUGCCCACAUUGCGCUGCUUACGAAUAAGUCUUCCGGGCGCAAGAGCUACAUUGUCGCUGCCGAGGGCAUGCGUGCUGGCGACGUCGUUCACAGCUAUCGCUCAGGCAUUCCCAAGGACCUGCUCGACAGCAUGGGCGGUGUUGUCGACCCCGGUAUUCUGGCUGCCAAGACUGCCUGGAGAGGCAACUGUCUGCCCAUGCACAUGAUCCCGAUCGGCACCGUUGUCUUCAAUGUCGGCUCAAGAGCCAAGGGUGGCGCUGUUUUCUGCCGGAGUGCUGGCACCUAUGCCAUCGUUGUCUCCAAGGAGGAAGAGACGAGAGAUGACGGAACCAAGGUCAUGACAGGCAAAUACGUCAACGUCCGUCUCCAGAGCGGUGAGAUCCGCAGAGUCAGCAAGGACGCAUGCGCAACCAUCGGAGUUGCCAGCAACCCACACCACCAGUACAGGCAGUUGGGUAAGGCUGGAAGAAGCAGAUGGCUGAACAUUCGCCCAACCGUUCGUGGUCUUGCCAUGAACUCCGUCGACCAUCCUCACGGCGGUGGACGGGGUAAGUCCAAGGGUAACCGCCACCCGACCAGUCCUUGGGGCACCCCGGCCAAGGGAGGUUUCAAAACCCGCCGCAAGCACAACUUCAACAAGUGGGUCGUUGAGCCCAGAGUACGCAACAUGGGCCGGAGGAGAGACAAGAGCAGCUCUUAA